AUGUAUGCUACACAAGAGACUCUGACUUAUAUACCAAAUACAAUUCUCGCUUCAAUAUUUACGAAUGAUGAUACAAAUCAAUUCAAUUUGAUUGAACGCGACAAUAAUGGAAAAAUCUUUCUAGAUUUUCCACCUACUUUAUUUAAACAUGCAUUGGAACAAAUACGUCGAUGGAAAAAUCGAGCUAAUCGAUCAGCUGAUCAACAAAUAAAGCCACCUUCAUGGAAUGUUAAAAAAGAAUUUGAUGAAAUGCUUGCAUCACUUGGACUAGGAAAAUAUCGUCAAAGUUUGCCAAUCGAAUGUACAAGCUACAACGUUAGCGGUGAUGCUACUCGUCGUGUUAACUCAGGCAAAGGUGAUCUUUGUGAUCGUGAUAUGGUAGGAUGGGUGCGCUUUGUUGAUCGAGCUGGUACUGCCAUCGUCAGAAAAGCUCCUAACGGUCGUUGUGGUAGUGUAAAAGCUGGAUGGAUACUUGGCGUCUAUCCGAGAGAACCUGGAACAACGUCACUUAGCACUUUGUGUUACGUCGAUGAGAUUGGCAAUCCUUGUUCAUCAUCUAAAGCGAUUCGCAGCACACAUUGUGGUGAUUUCUUAGUGUUUGAAAUACCUCAUCCACCAAAUUGUCCUGCACGCGCUUGCACAGAUGACUACGAACUUCAUUAA